AUGCCUCGCUCGUCAAAGAGACAGACGAGGCUGACCUUCGAUCCACUUCCAACCUCGUCGCCUGCCCCAUCUGAUAUCAGCAAAUCACAACGCGACCGCGCAGCAACCGUCCGCUUUGAAGGAGCAAGCCCGUCCAAGAAGCGCAAAGUGCGCGAUGCACCCGGAGCCUCGUCACUUGCUACAGUCGUCACACCUGACAUACCUAAGAAGAGCCUGCCACCUACACCCGAUCCCACUGCCACAAACUCCUUCGGCGCAUCGGCUGUCAGCGACGACGAAAUCAGACCCACACAACGACUGUCGAGUCGCAAGAGUCAAAAGAAACAGCAGAAGCUCGACCUUAUACCAUCGAGUCCUAGGGCCGCCAUCAACAACGCACGACCAGUCAGAGCUGGCUUCUUUGGGACCCAGCCACAGUUGAAUGCCGAUUCAAGUGACGAAUCGGACCAGGACCUGCCAAAACUUCCAAUCAGGAGUCAGAAGAAGACCAAGCGUCAGAAGAAGCACAAGUCGCCAUCACCAGAAUUAGAGGAAGAGGAGGUGAUUGUACAAGAACCGCCGACAGUGAUCUCCGACAACGAAAGUGAAGACGAUUUACCCGCUACUCCAGCACUCAACCGCAAGCGCAAGCGGCAAGCUGAGAGUUCUUCUCCGCUCGCUCUCAUCCCUGACGACGAAGACGAUGACAGCGAUGUUGUCGUCACUGGCUCACGGAAACGUUUACUGUCUACAAAGAAACGAGCACCACCAGAACCUGAGUCUGAGCCCGACCUCUCUGACGAACCGCCCUCAUCAAGAUCUCGCAAACGCCUCCGAAGAGUCAAGGAUACAGCACCCAUGAGCACAAUCACUGAGGAAGAGAAGCAAGAGCUGGAGGAUGAUCUGAUGGACCUGGCUUCUAGUGGUAGUGACACGGAGGUCCGAGUUUCACAGAGAAACAAGUCUUCACAANAGAAUGCUCGUCAGCUCGCGCUAGAGCGCCUCAAGGCUAGGAGAAAGGCUCCUAUGAGCAGUAUUGUCGAAGAUGAGGAUGACGAGGAUGAAGAGCAGGUUGACGAAGAGGAGAAUUAUGCCCAGAGCUCGGACGAGGAUGAGGAAGAAGAAUAUGACGAUCUGCCAGAGCCCUCGACAAACAGGACGACACGAAAGCAAAUGUUCGCCGAAGAUGACGAAGAUGAAGGCUUUGUUAUCGACGACGAUGGUCCUCUUGGGGUGUCUACGAACGUGCCCAUCGCCUUCACUCGGUAUGCUUCAAUGAAAGCCAAGGAUCUCUUCCGCUUCGCCAUCGACUGGAUGGUGCAGAAGAAGAUCAACCCAGCGUUCCAGAUGGACGACGAGAUCUACGACCUAACCUUCAAAAAGCUCGACGAUGAGGUCAAAGGAUUGGCAGGCUCCAAGUUUCAGUCGGCGGCAUGGACCUCGACAUUCACACUCGCACUUCAAGCACGUCCUGACCUCCUUUCAGCUCGGUUAGACCGUCAAUCAUCAGCUCACUUCGGCCGCGAUAAAUGUGACGCCUGCAAUAGAUCAGGCCAUCCCGCCACCUACGAAGUCAAGUUCGAAGGCAAGCCCUACGACAAGAACUCUCUAGAGCCAGUAGCACCUCGCAAAGACGCCAACGACGAUUCUGACGAAGACGGCGACGACUCAAGUUCAGAAAGCAGCGUCGAUUCCAGCGCACCCAUCAACCACGACUCCCUCGGCCGCCACAUUGCCUCCGAAGAAACAGUCUUCUACCUCGGCAAAUUCUGCAUGUCCAAUGCCGAAACCGCACACUCGCUCCAACACUGGCGAUACCAUCUCUACGAAUGGGUGGUCGAGUGGCUGGAGUCUGCGGGCUGGAACACUCCAAAGCUGAUCGUUAAGCGCGAUAAGUGGAGUAUUCGUAAGCGCAGAAAGCAUGCCAACAAGAUUGUGGAUAUCAUGGAGGAGCAGGGCAAGAUCAAGGCGUUAUAUUCGGACUUCAAGAAGGAGAUUGAUACGGCGAGGAAUGCGAAGCAGGGGCGCUGGGACAGUUCGCCGUAA